AUGGAAGACUACAGUGAGAACGGGCUAGAAUACCAAAACCAAUACCAAGAGGCGUACGAUGUGUCACAAGGUUUCAGCAAUGGCGACAGACGAGACAGUGGCAGCACAGGCGUGGAAACGCACGGUAACGACGCCAAAGAUAUUUCACGAUCAGGCAGCACUCCAGCUGACCCUAAUGACAGACCUCGGACCAAAAGAACGCGCGCUACUGGUGAGGCGUUGAUCGUUCUCAAGCGUGAGUUCGACGAAAACCCUAAUCCAAAUGCCCAGAAUCGCAAACGCAUCUCUGAAAUUACAGGUCUGCCCGAGAAAAACGUGCGAAUUUGGUUUCAAAAUAGGCGCGCGAAGCAUCGCAAAUCAGAUCGUGGGACAAGCGGUAGUGGUGGUGGCCCUAAUAGCAGCAGCACUAUGGCUACAAACAACAACAAUGGAAACUCCGAUGUACCCGCUGCUACAGAUAUGAACGCAGCAACAAAUGCAGCAUACCCUGCUGCUGACUUCGAUAGAAUUUCACUUGAGGCCAAUCCCAACUACUGCUUUCUGGAUGUCAAAUCGCUUACAGUGGGCACCUGGAAACGUUUGAAGAGCGGAAAUUUGAAAACGGAGGAAUUGACCUCGAUUAAAAGUCUAUCCAACCUAUCUCCCUUUUCAAUCAAUGAGAUCAUGGCAAACGCUACGGAUCUCAUGGUGUUGAUCUCUAAAAAAAAUCACGAAAUCAACUAUUUCUUCAGCGCUAUCGCUAACAACACCAAAAUUCUGUUCCGAAUUUUCUUUCCCAUAAAUACGGUAGUAGAUUGCUCUGUGACCGCCAGUCCUGAAGAUUUACCUAACCUGGAUAAUGAUGAUGAUGACGAAGGGCAUGUCAAAGAUGACGUACGAGCCAAAGACAAACUCUACGAACUUCGGCUCAACGUUACUAAGUCUCCUACGUUUGCCGUCUACUUUUCUGAUGGAGUAGACCAGUAUUCUUCAAAUCAGUGGUCCAUCUGUGAAGACUUCUCGGAGGGAAGACAAGUGAGUGAGGCUUUUAUUGGUGGAUCCAAUAUUCCUCAUGUUAUUACUGGUUUAGAGGAAUCUUUAAAUUUCAUGAAUGCUACGAUACAAGAUUACAACGGUCGGGAGCGUGAAAUAACGCACAGAUCACAAGAUCCCAUGAAUGCCUCCGAUACACAACCGUUAAUCCUUCAUCCCGAACCACAUGCUAUGGAACAGCAACAACAGCCAUUUUUUGAUGAUUUUAAUGAUCAAGACGGAAUUUACGGAAUGGGAGAACAGAAUAAUUCUCAAUUUGUUUCUUCUUCCACAGCACAACCUCACUCAUUUGCACAGCAUUCCACCACGUCGACAGGAAACGACAAUGUACCGUCUCAAUUUACUGAUUCUAACGUACCUCGAACUCCAGAUUUCUUAAAAUCUGAAAUGGGCAAUGAAGAACAAAGUGGUCUCAAUAAUCUAUUGAUUUUCGAAGACCAGAAUAACGCAAACACUAAAAAUGUUCAAAAUUAUUUCUGA